AUGUGCUCCAUUCCCCGUGUGCCCCCCGUGCCCCCCGUGUGCCCGGUGCCGCGCGUGUGCCGCGUGCGCCCCGUGUGCCCAGUGCCCCAUGUGACCUGUGUGCCCCGUGUGCCCCGUGUGCCCCGUGUGCCCCGUGCCGCGGGCGCCUGUGAGUUUCUCUUGAAGCAUAAGAUGUGGUUGUGUCCCACGAGGGUCCCCAUCCACGUGUCCUGGAGUCCAGCCGGGCGUGGUGCUGCCCAAGAGAGUGUCCUCGGAGACCAGUGGGCUGAGGUGACCAGCUUGGCGGGACUUCGUAGCAGGCACAGAACCGUCACCCUCCGCAGACAGCCGGUUGGAGGCCUGGGCCUGAGCAUAAAGGGAGGCGCCGAGUACCGAGUCCCUGUCGUCAUAUCAAAAAUAUUCAAAGACCAUGCAGCCGACCAAACAGGGAUGCUGUUCAUAGGAGACGCCGUGCUACAGGUUAAUGGCAUUAAUGUAGAAAACGCGACUCAUGAAGAAGUGGUAAGUGUUACGUUGUAUUCUUUGGGCAGGUGUGUGCGUUCACUCACCACCGCUUAUCUUUCCGAGAAGCCAGCCUUUCUUUCCAUCGCGAGGGGGUCCCCGGGACCACCCAGUGCCCACAGCAGCCGGGUCUCGUCACCCCUCUUUGACAGCGGUCUGCACCUGAACGGGAACUCCAGCCACACAGCUCCAUCGUCGCCUCCGUCGCCCGUAGCUAAUGAACCAAAGUACCAGAAGCGCUGGCUAGACGCCUGGUCAGUCCCUCUGUCUAUGGCGCGAAUCUCGAGGUACAGAGCUGGAGCGGAGAAGCUAAGGUCCGACGCGUUCGAGGUGCUGGCCCUGGAUGGCGUCAGCACGGGUCUGCUGCAGUUCCCCAGCGCCCAGGAGCACACUGACUGGCUGCGAGCUGUGUCCGCGAACAUCCGUGACCUGAUGCUGCAAACUGUGGAAAUGACAAAUAAGUGCUGUUCUCCAUGUGACCAGGUCGUGCACAUGGGUUGGGUCAGUGAGAGGCUCGAAGAUGCCGACCGCUCUCAAACCUUCAGACCCACGUUCCUGGCCCUGAAAGGCCCCUCCCUGUAUGCGUUCAGCACCCCUCCGGUGAGCACACUGGACUGGGUCCGAGCAGAAAAAGCCUAUAACCUCUGUGAGGUGCUAUUUAAAGUUGACAAGCCCCGGCUCCCAGACGCCUGCUGCUCACGCACAAACCUGGGGUUCCGGGACCUGGACUUUGGGGACCAGGGGCCACACCGCUUCAGUGUCAUGGUCGGCCGUGGUGGAAGUCACUCCUUCAGCGUGGAGCUCGGCAGUGAGCUGGCCGAGUGGGAGGCGAGCUUCCAAAGAGCGACCUUCACAGAAGUUCAGAGAACGGGGUCCAGGACGUACGUGUGCAGCUGGCGAGGACGGACGCUCUGUCUCACGGUGGACUUCGCGCUGGGAUUCACCUGCUUCGACAGCAAGACAAAGAGCAUCCUGUGGAGAUUUAAGUUCUCUCAGCUUAAGGGGUCCUCGGAUGACGGCAGAGCGCGAGUCAGGCUCCUGUUUCAGAACCUGGACACCAAGCAAAUCGAGAUGAAGGAGCUGGAGUUUCAGGACCUGACAGCCGUCCUGCACUGCGUCCACUCCUUCAUGGCAGCUAAGGUGGCCUCAGUGGACGCCGCUUUCAUGGACAGUCAGAGCGUCACCAGGAAGUUUAUGUACAGCAGCUGAGCGUGGUCUGGUGACAAUGCAAAUUAAGUUACUUUCGUAAGUGACUUUCCUGCACAGCCCUGCGCUCGUGUGGCUUUCUAACGAGCCUACAGUUGUGACACCAAUAAAAUCCAUCCCUAGUUUCCA